AUGACAUCGAGCUCGGAUGAACCGAAGCCAUCUUGGUUGGCAACCAAGUGGGCGCAUGUGAAGCAUGAAGCGUACCACUAUUGGCUGGGAACGAAGUUGCUAGGGAAGGAAAUCGGCAUCUGUGUCGGCAUCCUCAAGCAGAUCUUGAGGGGGGAAGAGCUGUCUCGUCGUGAAUAUCGUCAGCUCAGAACGACGUCCACUGAUCUCCUCAAGAUGGUUCCAUUCGCCAUCAUCGUGCUUGUUCCUUUCAUGGAGCUAGCGCUGCCUGUCAUCCUCUGGGCGUUUCCUGGAAUUCUUCCUUCGACAUUCCAGCAGGAGUGGAAGAAGGAGGAUGAUAUGAAGAGGAAGUUGAAGGCUAGGAUCGAAGUUGCUGGAUUCUUGCAGGACGCGAUGAACGACAUGGCCAAGUCCAUCAAGAUGGUGGAGGCUGAGGACGGCACAGCCGAGAAGUUUGUCGAGUUCAUGAAGAAAGUGCAAAGGGGAGACGCGAGGGUUUCAAAUGACGAAAUUAUCAAGUUCUCCAAGCUGUUCACGGAUGAUAUCACCCUGGACAACGUGGGGAGGAUGCAGCUCGUAAACCUCUGCCGCCUGCUGGACAUUCCCGUCUUCGGGACCGACUCCUUCCUCAAGUAUCGCCUGCUCGAGAGGAUGCGAGCAAUCCGCAAGGACGACAGGAUGAUCGAGAUGGAGGGCGUAGACUCCCUGAGCUUCUUCGAGCUCCGCGAGGCCCUCAUGUACCGAGGGAUGCGAUCGGUGGGCCUUACAAAGUCUGCCUACAAGAACAUGCUGGAGAACUGGCUUGACCUCAGCCUGAAGAAGAACGUCCCCACCACCCUCCUGCUCAUGUCCAGAGCCUUCAAGAUCACUCAGAAUGUGCUGGAGGCCAGGAAGAAGCUGGAACAGAUCCAACGCGAGCAGGAGCUGAUCAAGCAGGAGAGGAUCGAGAAGACGGAGAUGAUUCUUGCCGAGCUGCAUUUGUCUGCUGGGAGGUGA